CUCGAAAUUCAGAGGCUCAGUCCUUGGUGGCUGGAUCUGUCCUGCUCCCAGCAUUACCCAGCCCGGCCGGGUGUGGACUGGAGAGACAGUGAGAGGGCUUGGAGGAGGGGGGCAGAUGGUGAGGAAGGGCUGUUCCUCCUCCUGUGUACCUGCCCUCCAGGUGUGCUCACAGCCCUGAGGAAUGUCAGAGACAGCAGCAGCAGAGCAAGGUCUGAGUCACGCACAGCCCCUUCCAUAUAACUCUCUCACUCCUGCACCUUACACAAAAGGAGAGGGAAGGACCUGUCUCUCCUGCAGGAGACUGAGCUCCAAAUUCUCCCUCUGGACCUUGCUUUGAAUAGGAUACCAUCAGCCGUGAAGGAUUACAAAGGGGCAGAGACGAUCUUUGGCAUUACCUUCCUACCUGUCUGCUUCUGUGCAGCAGUUAGACCUUACAGAACUAUUUGGGAUUUGGUUCUGAUUUGGAGGAACCCCGUGCUUGGUGGGGAGAUGUCCUUCCCUCACACUCUGGGAGCCCUGCUGCUGCUUCUGAGUAUCUCUAUCACCAACAGCAGUAAGAUUAAUCGCUGUAUUGCCUCCAGAGCAAAGACCUGCACGGAAUGUGUUCGAGUGGACAAGGGUUGUUCCUAUUGUAUAGAUGAGGGUUUUCAUAGUGCUCGCUGUGACCUGCGGGACAAUCUUAUUGAGUAUGGAUGCAGUGAAGCCGGAAUUGUUUACAUGGAGAGUGAUAUCCAAACUCUCUUGAGAGAAGAAAUUAACACCAGAGUAAGUAAAACGCAAGUCUAUCCCCAGCGAAUGUCCAUGCGACUGCGUGCUGGUGAGGAACACACCUUUGACUUCCGUGUGUUUGAGCCCUUGGAUACUCCUGUGGAUCUAUACAUAUUGAUGGACUUCUCCUACUCAAUGUCUGACGAUUUGGAAAAUCUUAAGAAAAUGGGUGAUAACUUGGCUGAUGUGGUCAGCACGCUCUCCAGUAAUUACACUAUCGGCUUCGGGAAAUUUGUAGAUAAAGUGACUGUUCCUCAGACAGACAUGAGACUGGAGAAACUGAAGCAGCCUUGGCCCGACAGCACUCCCCCUUUCUCUUUCAAGAACGUCAUCCGCCUCACAGACAAUAUUAAUUACUUCAGAGAUGAGUUAAAGAAAGAAAGAAUCUCUGGAAAUCUGGAUGCUCCUGAGGGUGGGUUUGAUGCCAUCCUUCAGACAGCUGUGUGCACGAAUCAAAUCGGAUGGAGACAGGGAAGCACUCACAUCCUGGUCUUCUCCACGGAGUCAGCGUUUCAUUAUGAGGCUGAUGGAAUGAACGUCCUAGAUGGGAUACUGAGGAGAAAUGAUGAGCAGUGCCAUCUGGAUCAAACUGGCCUUUAUACUUAUGACACCUAUCAGGAUUAUCCAUCAAUUCCCACUCUUGUUCGACUUCUUGCAAAGAAUAACAUCAUACCAAUCUUUGCUGUCACCGAUUAUUCCUACAGCUACUAUGAUAAAUUAAGCAAGUACUUUAAGGUGUCUGAAAUUGGAGAGCUGCAGGAGGAUUCUUCUAACAUAGUGCAGCUGCUGGAAGAGGCUUUCAAGCAAAUCCGCUCCAGGAUGGACAUCAGAGAUGAUAACACUCCACGUUCCUUGAAUAUUACAGUCUCAUCAGAAACCGCAAAACUGACUGAGGCUGGGUCUUUCCAGGUGACCCGUGGUGAAGUGGGGACAUUCAAGGUUAAUGUGAAGGCUCUGGAGCAAGUGGGUGGGCAGAAUGUUUGUAACCUUCCCAUGAAGGACCAAUCAGGCAAUGUCAUCCUCAAGCCAUCCACAUUUACAAAUGGCCUGCAGAUUGAUGCCUCCGUCUUGUGUGAUGUGUGUCCUUGUGAGCUGCAAAAAGAAGUAAAUUCUCUAAAGUGCAAUGGAAAUGGGAACUUUGUAUGUGGACAGUGUGAGUGCAAGGGCACCUGGAGGGGAGAGUUCUGUAAUUGUUCAUCUGGGCAAACCAUAGACAGCCAGUCAUGCGUGGCUCCUGGACACAAGGAAAUCUGCUCAGGACAAGGAGAGUGCCUGUGUGGGGCUUGCCAGUGUUACUCGGAAUCCACAGACCACCAGUAUCAAGGGGAAUUCUGCCAGUUCAAUAAUUUCCAGUGCCCACGUACAAGCGGCUUCAUGUGCAAUGAUAGAGGACAUUGUUACAUGGGAGCCUGUGUGUGUAAGUCUGGAUGGGAAGGACCUGGAUGUGAGUGCCCAAUCAGCAAUCAGACCUGCCUGGAUAGGAAUGGGGGUUUGUGUAACAACCGAGGGAGGUGUGUGUGCGGACGCUGCCAGUGUGACUCCGAGUUCCAAUUCACAGACGCCAUGUGUGAAUUUAGUAGCUCAUUGCGCCUAUUGGGAGCAUGUGAGGAUGUAAGAACAUGUGUGCAGUGCCAGGCGUGGGGCACUGGAGAGAAGAAGGGCAAAACAUGUGAAGGCUGCGAAAUCAAGAUAAAGAUGGUGGAUGAGCUCACAAAAGUUGAUGACAGGACAGAGAAAUGCUCUUUCCGUGAUGAAGAGGACGACUGUACCUAUCAUUACACGGUUGAGGGAAUAGGUUCCGUAUUAUCUAACUACACUGUGAUGGUGCAGGAAAAAAAAGAGUGCCCUCCGGGUGCCUUUCUUUGGCUCAUUCCUCUCCUCAUAUUCCUGAUGCUCCUCCUUGGCCUGUUACUUCUGCUGUGCUGGAAAUACUGUGCCUGCUGCAAGGCUUGUCUAGCUCUACUGCCCUGCUGUGGACAAGGACGCUCAGUGGGAUUUAAGGAAGACCACUACAUGCUACGGCAAAGUCUGAUGGCAUCUGAUUACCUGAACACGCCUCUUGCAAGAACUGGCAGCUUGAAAGGCGGGGACACUGUUAGAUGGAAGAUCACAAACAAUGUUCAUCGCCCCCCUCCUGCACAAGGAGAGUUGAACCCUAAGGAGUUGGUCCCAUAUGGCGUCUCACUGCGAUUGGCUCGACUUUUUACUGAAAACCUGUCCAAGCCUCAGACAAGGGAAUGUGACCAACUGCGCCGAGAAGUUGAGGAAACGCUGAACGAGGUAUAUAAAGUGAUACCUGGAACUCACAAGGUGAAGCAGACAUCCUUCCGGCUGCAGUCCAAUGCCGGCAAAAGGCAGGAUCACACAAUCACAGACACAGUGUUAAUGGCUCCACGGGAGGCCGAACCUGAAAUUGUAAAAGUCACAGAGAAGCAUGUCACACAGGAGGCAUUCCAAGACAUGAAGGUCACCCCUGGGUACUAUACAGUGACAUCCGACCGAGAUGCCCAUGGGCUGGUGGAGUUCCAGGAAGGCGUGGAACUAGUGGAUGUUCGAGUUCCACUCUUCAUCAGGCCAGAGGAUGAUGAUGAAAAGCAGCUGCUAGUGGAAGCUCUAGAUGUUCCUACAGGAAUUGCCCGCCUGGGACGAAAAAAUGUUAACAUUACCAUCAUCAAAGAGCAAGCUAAAAGUAUUGUGACCUUUGUGAAGCCAGCGUACACAUACAGCCGCCUGGACCAAAUGGCCCGUGUUCCGCUGUCACGUGAGAUUCUGCAGAGUGGCAAGUCACAAGUCGCCUACCGAUCACAGGAUCUGACUGCUCGCGAGGGGAAGGAUUAUGCAUUCUCAGAGGGUGAGGUCACAUUCCAAGCGGAUGAAACUCAGUCAGAAAUCUUGGUUCCGCUACUCGGCCGAUCAGAGGUGGAUACAUUGCUGGGAAACCGGCAGGUCAAACAAUUCCGGUUGGAGCUGAGCAAUCCAAAGUAUGGUGCCAAAAUUGGCAAGUACCCACAGUGUACCAUCACUAUUGAUGACAGUGCAGAAGUUGUGCAGAAGACGAUGCCAACGCAGUCUCUCCAGUCACCACGUGGGAAGAUAGCUGCUCCUGCGAACCUAAGUGCCCAGGCUGUUAGCGCUAGGAAAAUCCGCGCCAACUGGAUGCCUCCACCGGGAAAAAUUGCUGGGUACAAAGUUCGGUACUGGAUUCAAGGAGAUUCUGAGUCAGAUGCCACUGUAGUAGACACCAAGGUGCCUUCAGCAGAGCUGGUCAACCUAUAUCCGUACUGUGACUAUGAGAUGCGAGUGUGUGCCUACAACACCCAGGAGGAGGGCCCUUAUACAGACAUAGUGACCUGCCAGACCCUUGAGGAUGUCCCAAGUGAACCAGGCCGCCUGGCUUUCAAUGUCAUUUCAAGCACAGUUACACAGUUGAGCUGGGCAGAAUCCGCUGAGACCAACGGCAAUAUUAUAGCUUAUGAAGUUAACUAUGGCAUGGUCAACGAGGACAACCAACCUAUUGGACCUAUGAAGAAAGUUCUACUCAAUGGUCCAAAGAAACGAAUGGUUCUCAUUGAGAACUUACGGGAAUCCCAACCUUAUCGAUAUACAGUGAAAGCCAGUAAUGGAGCAGGAUGGGGCCCAGAGAGAGAAGCUACCAUGAACCUGGCCACCCAGCCAGCCCGUCCAAUGUCCAUUCCUAUUAUUCCGGAUGUGCCUAUUAUUGAUGCCGGGGGAGGAGAAGACUAUGACAGCUAUCUCAUGUACAGUACAGACGUCAUGAGAUCUCCAGUGGGAAGCAAGAGGCCUAGUGUGUCUGAUGAAUCUGGCAAGCGCUGGAAAUUCGUUCCACUCCUGGGGUCAGAACUGGAUCUGCGUCAAGUGUCAUGGAAACUCCCUGUAGAAGUCAUCCCACGCCUGUCCGUCAGCAGCACGAUGUCCACAGACACUGAGAGCCUCCAGGACAAUACAGACAAUUCCAGCUCUCUCAUGAGGAGGGGGACCAUACGUGCAACUCCAGAAGAGCAAUUAAUCAAUGGCCGUAUGGAUUUUUCUUUCCCUGGUUCCGCAAACAGUCUGACUCGCACAUUGACCACUGGGUACCAACAACUCAGUCCCAGUGUGCACCAAGACACAUACAGGUUUGGCAGCACCAGCUCUCAGCACACAACCAUCCUUUCAGGACACGAGAGGGUAGGUGGAGGGUCCCUGCCUCGCGUGCAGGAGAACUCUGGUAGACGGCUUGCUGGGGCAAAGGUGAAGGGUUACUACGGCAGCUGCACAAGCCGAGAUACUAUAAUUAUGGCCGGCAGUCCCAGAGCAACACACACGGUGAUAGGGGCAUCAGGUCACAGCAGACUAGGACUACCCCCACUUACACUUGGGACUGCGAGAGGACGCACUCACUCAGAGGAUGUUCGGGAUGCUCUUAGCAGCUUGGAUGUGGCCAUACAAGAUCGUCUCUCACCUGGAAUACCCGACACUCCCACCCGAUUAGUGUUCUCAGCAUUGGGGCCUACAUCCUUAAAGGUCAGCUGGCAGGAGCCACAGUGCGAGCGAGAGGUGCUGGGAUACAAGGUGCUGUAUCAGCUGAUCAAUGGAGGAGAAUCUCGAACCAUUGACAUCCCAAACCCCAGGGAGAACUCUGUGGUAGUGGAAGAUCUGCUCCCUAACCAUUCAUACAUAUUCCGUGUGAAGGGACACAGUGAAGUGGGAUGGGGACCUGAGCGAGAAGGUGUCAUCACCAUUGAGUCACAAGUGGACCCCCAGAGUCCUCUCAGUCCUGUACCAGGUUCACCCUUCACUCUGAGCACCCCAAGUGCCCCUGGACCCCUUGUUUUCACAGCUCUGACACCAGACUCCCUGCAGCUGAGCUGGGUGAGGCCAAGAAAACCCAAUGGCACUAUUUUGGGGUACAUGGUUACCUGUGAAAUGCUCCAUGGAGGAGGAGAGCCCCGGAACAUAUACGUAGAAGGUGAUACGCCUGAGACCACCCUGACAGUACCUUUCCUCAACGAGAACCUUCCCUACAAGUUCAAGGUUCAAGCCAAAACCACACAGGGAUUUGGACCGGAGAGAGAAGGAAUAAUUACAAUUGAAUCUCAGGAUGGAGGAAAUUUCUCACAGUUUGGGACACAGCAAAUGACCAGAAGAGAGGUCUUUAAUCUCCCAACAGAAUACAGUCAGACCAGUACUACUCACUCCACUGAAUCAGAUCCAUUCUUCAAAGAUGGCAUGACUGUCAGCACUCACCGCAUGGAGAGCUCUGGUACAGUCACUCAGCAAGUCACCAAAGAAUACGUCACACGAACAAUGAUGUCAGGUGGAUCCCUCAGCCGGCAGGUAGAGCGCCAAUUCUACGAGGCCUAAGAGAUGUGGCACAUGGCUACACUGGACAAUGGUUAUCAGUCGUGCUUGUGUGUCACCUGUGCGUGACACUUUGCCACUCCUUCCUACUUACUGCUUUAUGCUGUUGUGCUUCUGCUCGUGUUAUCCUAUAUGUGGCAUGCGAAGAUCACCUUGUAAACAAAAAUGAUAGAGGACCAAGCAAUGCAGGGGAUAGGGAUAUGACUGGAACAUUUUGACGCAGGUGCUAUACAAGGUACCGGAGGGAUCAAAAGCUGAAUUUCCUCACUUCAUGCAUCUAAAAAGACAUUUGCUGCGCUUUUUAUUGCGUGCUAAAUAACCAUCUGAUUUUGAGGGAUAGAAACUUUAUUUAAGUAUUUUUUUCACGCUGUGUAAAUAACUUUUUUUAAAUGAUAUAUGUGAGAAAGGGAGAAUUUAUGUACAUUUAAGGUACAUGUUAAAGAGGGAACUUACUGAAUUGUGUUAGGUUAUAUGGAAUUUGUAUUGGUGACAGGUAUAUGGUAUUGCUAUAGAUGAUUACGAGAGCAAGAUAGCAAAAGAAGAAGAAAUAAGUCCUAUUCCAAGCAGUAGCCGUUAAAGUGGAAAUUAAUUACUUUAUCUACAAGUACUUUAUAACUUUUUAAAGAUAAAAGCUACAGUCAUUUAUUUACAAGCGACAACUGAACGGUGAAGGUAUAAACCAAAGUGCUUUAUUUCACAGCUGGAAAGUCAUAUGUACUAUCCAGAGUUAAUGUGGUAAUGUCCCAGAUCCAGCAGAUGGUUUGGUGAUGUAAAAUGUUGGCGAUCCUCUGAAUUUUUCCUGCAGUAGAGAAUUUUUUUUUUAUAUACAUGUAAUAUGUACAUUACGCUCACAUGCAACAGUGUCUCCCCAGUCCCGCAGUAAAGGCUUAAUGUUCAUGUUAUAGCUAUGGGAUGUCUUUGUCCUAAAAGACUCAGAUUUGCAGCAAUAUAUGUGCAUAGUAAUCCUUAUACACGACUUGCCAUUAACACUACAGUGCGUGCUUCUUUCUAAACGUAGUCGUGUAUGGUAGCAGAUCAUGUAAAAUAAAACAAAGUGCCUUCUAAUAGACAAAGAAAAACCUGAUGAAGUAUGUGCAUUGGAACACCGUCAGAGAAAACCCAUAAUUCUUAAAUCAAAUGACACUAGUUUAUGCACUUUCCAUUCAAUUGCAUAACACUGCAGGGAGAAAGUACUCCCCCAUGUUCAGUACCACUUGUGUGUUGUCCGAAAUGUUUCUGCUUUAUGCUUUGUUUACAAAAUAUUUCCAUCUUUAAAGCUGGUUUAACUUUUGUGAUAAUAAAUGCAUUUUCAUACA